GGUCACUCUCUGUUUGUGGUUGCGGGUGUUCCUAGGACGAGUGGGAGAGCUGCAGUCAGAGUAGGAGGGACAGUCUGCACGCGAGAGGUGGAAGAGGACGGGCUUUAGGCUGGACACGCCUUAGAGGAGCCAUUUUCCAGUAGGAUGGCUGAUUUGGUUUUAUGUGAACCAACCGAGCUUUACAACAUCUUGAAUCAGGUCACAAAACUAUCCAGAUUAACUGAACCCAACUAUCUCUGCUUAUUGGAUGUUCGUUCCAAACGGGAGUAUGAUGAAAGCCAUGUGAUUACAGCCCUUCGAGUGAAGAAGAGAGGGAAUGAGUAUCUUAUCCCAAAGUCUGUGGAUCUGGAGUGUGUAAAGUACUGUGUAGUGUAUGAUUACAACAGCAGUGCCGUGGAGGUGUCCUUAAACGAUGACAACAAUGACAACAAUCACAAUGAUUACAGCAAUCACAACAAUGACAACAGUCACAACAAUGACAAUGACACCUCUGAUUCUGGCCAAGAGAUGGGGUCUGGUGCUGCCAUCGAGUAUGGCAAGAUCCUGACCCAGCUCACCCGCCACCCUGUCUACAUCCUGAAAGGGGGCUACGAGCGCUUCUCGGCCAUGUAUCACUUCUUCCGAACCCGGAAGAUCAUCUGGAUGCCUCAGGAGCUGGAUGCAUUUCAGCCUUACCCUGUUGAAAUAAUACCAGGCAAGGUCUUCCUGGGCAAUUUCAUUCAAGCCUGUGACCCUAAAAUUCAGAAGGAUUUGAAAAUAAAAACACAUGUCAAUAUCUCCAUGGAGACAGGGCCCUUCUUGAUGGAGAUGCCUCUCACUGGCCCCCUGUGGAUAUGUUUCAUCAGUUUUGCAGGUGACCCUGACAAUCUUCUGCAUGUCCAGAUAGAAGAUUCACCGGAAGCCAACAUUUUCCCCUUCUUUCGCCACCUCUGUCACUUUAUUGAAAUGCAUGUGGAGCUGGGUUCUGUCGUUCUGAUCUUUUCCACCAGGGGUAUCAGUCGCAGCUGUGCGGCCACUGUGGCCUACCUCAUGCAUGAGAACCAUCAGACCAUGAAGAGGUCCUGGGCCUAUGUCAAGAAGUGCAAAAACAACAUGCGUCCCAACAGGGGCUUGGUGACUCAGCUUUUGCAAUGGGAGCAGAUUGUCCUAGGAGACCUAAUCACAGACAUCAUGGAUCCUCUCUACUGAUCUCUACAGCCUGGGGAUGAGUGCUGAAGAACCAGGGCUCCCUCUUCACUCCACAUGGAAAGUGCUCCCUGCUCAGGCUCAGUGAGAACCCACAUCUCUACAGCAUUCUGGACCACCCACAUUGCAUUCCUG